CUCUAAGUAACUUAAAUGGGGAUUAUCCUGCCGGAAAUCACUAGUAAUCAUAUUAAAGAUUCCUUGAAUAUCACCACUGUAAUUCGUACAACUUUUUGCUCUAGAGACUCUACAAGGAAAAUUCACAUUUCCCGUCUGAGCCAUAAUGGAGCCAUAACAGUCGUACUCUUUCCAGUUUCACACGAAUGCACAAGAAAGGUAGCGGUAACUGUGUUUGUGGGGUUGGUGAUGGCCACAUCGGCCCUGUACGCCUGCACCAAGUGUAACCAGCGGUUCCCGUUUGAGGAGUUGUCGCAGGGCCAGCAGCUCUGCAAGGAGUGUCGGAUCGCACACCCUAUAGUGAAAUGCACCUACUGCAGGUCAGAGUUUCAGCAGGAGAGCAAAACCAACACUAUCUGUAAGAAAUGUGCACAGAAUGUCAAACAGUUUGGGACGCCAAAGCCAUGUCAGUACUGUAACAUUAUUGCUGCAUUCAUUGGGACCAAAUGUCAGCGCUGCACCAACUCUGAGAAGAAGUACGGCCCUCCACAGACCUGCGAACAGUGCAAGCAGCAGUGUGCCUUCGACAGGAAGGACGAGGGAAGGAGAAAGGUGGAUGGGAAGCUCUUGUGUUGGCUCUGCACGCUCUCAUAUCGCCGUGUUCUACUAAAAACGAAAGAGCAGCGGAAAGGCCUUGGCUCUUCCCACUCUAACUCCUCUUCCCUCAGUGAGAAAGAACAUCAGAGACACCAUCAUCACCAUCAGCACCACAGACAUGGAAGUUCGCAUCACAAAAUAAGUGGUACUUUAAGUCCAGAGCAGGAUCAGGGACUGUGGAAGCAGAGCAUUCAGAAGGAAACGCCAAAGAAAAAACCCAAACUAGAGACAAAGCCAUCCAAUGGAGACAGUAGUUCAAUCACUCAGUCGAUGGAUUCUGGAGGCACGGAUAACUUCAUCUUGAUCAGUCAACUGAAAGAGGAAGUGAUGUCAUUGAAGCGCAUGCUCCAGCAGAGAGACCAGACCAUCCUUGAGAAAGACAGGAAGCUGACGGAGCUGAAAGCAGACUUUCAGUAUCAGGAGUCAAAUAUGCGGGUGAAAAUGAACAACAUGGAGAAAGCGCACAAAGAGGCCAUGGAACAACAACAGGCGAAGAACAGAGAAUUGAUGAAACAAGUUGCUGCACUCUCAAAAGGCAAGAAGUUUGACCGCAGCAGCAGCUCACUGCUGUUACCAUAGCAAUGACCUCACGCCAUAACAAUGACCCCUUGCCCCGAUGUGUCAUUACUGUGAGGAAGCUUCACCCUCCAUUGCUCACAGAUUCUCUGUGUUGUGUUUUAUUAUUCUGGUGAUGUCACAUAUGCAAACAUUUCUAAUUAUUAUUAUAAUUGUUUUAUUUUCUUUGGCUAUUCUCAGCGGUUUUAGUAAUCACAUGUAUUUACAAAACAGGAAUAACUGUAUAGAGCCA